AUGCCGCUAUUUAUAUUCAGACAGUUGGGCUUGGGUGAACCACGCCCAACAACAGUUAUCUUAAAGUUAGCUGAUCGCUCCCUUGCUCAUCCUGAGGGAGUGAUUGAAGAUGUGCUAGUUCAAGUGGGGUCUUUCAUAUUCCCAGCUGAUUUCAUCAUCCUGGAUUACGACCGUGAUCAGGAAGUCCUAUUUAUUUUGGGGCGUUCAUUCUUAGCCACGGGUCGAGCUACUAUUGAUGUCUGCCAAGGAAAGAUGACAAUGAGAGUGGCUGAUCGAGUGGAGGUAUUCAAUGUUUAUAGAGCACUCAAGUUACUAGCCCAUUAUGAAGAGUUAUCCAUGAUCUCUGUGGUGGAAAGUGAGGCCACAUUGUUAGUACCCUAUAUGAGACCUGAAGAUCUUGUUGAACGAGUAUUGAUUGGGGACGUAGAAAAUAGUGAAGAUGAAAGGGUAGGAGAAAUUGAGCAAGUGCUGGAUACGUCCUGCAGUUAUGUACAUGGGGUUAGAAAAUUUGAAGAGUUAGACAGGCCUGUCACUCUGACUCUCCCCAGGCCAUCUAUUGAAGAAGCUCCGAAGCUAGAACUCAAGCCACUUCCAGCGCAUCUACGCUAUGCUUAUUUGGGGAACUCAGAGACACUGCCCGUAAUUAUUUCAUCCAGCUUGACCAGCACUCAAGAAGAAAAAUUGGUCAGAGUCCUCCGCGAGCAUAAAAAGGCCAUUGGGUGGACUAUAGCUGACAUCAAGGGUACUAGUCCAUCAAAUCUUUUUAGAGGACGGACACCGCCCCGGUGUAGAACAGCAAAGGAGAUUAAAUCCCAUUAUGAAAGAGGUGGUGAAAAGGAAGUAAUCAAGUUGCCCGAUGCAGAUAUCAUUUUUCCUAUUUCUGAUAGCAACUGGGUAAGCCCGGUUCAAUGUGUGCCCAAAAAAGGAGGAUUGACUGCAGUUGAGAAUGAGAAAAAUAAGCUAAUCCCACUCGCACUGUUACGGGAUGGAGAGUCUGCAUUGAUUAUAGGAGGCACAAUAAGGAUACAAUCAGAUUGUCAUAUGCCAGAGGAUCAGGAGAAGACUACUUUUACCUGUCCUUAUGGCACUUUUGCCUUCAAGCGAAUGCUGUUUGGUCUUUGUAAUGCACCAGCCACUUUCCAGAGAGUAUCCAGGAGCGGCAUUGUAAUUGAUAAAGCGAAGGUGGAGGCGGUUGAAAAACUACCUCCACCUAUUUCAGUGAAGGGUGUCCGGAAUUUCUUGGGACACGCGGGUUUCUAUCGGUGCUUUAUUAAAGAUUUUUCAAAAAUUGCUACUCCUUUGUGCGGGAUGCUUGAAAAAGGUCUGAAUUAUACCACCACUGAGAAGGAGUUGCUAGCUGUUGUGAGGGCUUUUGAGAAAUUCCAGACAUACUUCGUGGGAACGAAAGUCAUAGUCCAUACGGAUCAUGCGACAAUCAGGAAUUUGAUGUAG